CCGUCACUCCCCCCCCCAGAAAGCCAGAGAGUACCCGAAAUAAAAAUAAAAAUAUGAGAAACAUAUCAACCCUCCCUCCUCCCCAUCAUUGAUCCAAGUCGCUCUUUCCCUCACCACUCACCACUCAGCGUCAACCGAAAUAUAUAUUAUAUUCUUCCCCCCCCAUCUCUCUCUCCGAGCAAUACCCUACUACACCUCGCCCAUACCCAGUCGAUGGCACUAUUUCCCCUCGACUUCACCUUCACUCACCUCUGUCACGAUCACGAACACUCGCUAUCAGCAGCUUCAAUCUACCUCGGCGUCUCCGAAAACUCUAUAAUAAUAUAAUACCGACGCGCCGCUCACUCUCGCCCAUCCAUCCGACAGCUUCGAAUUCUUCCCCCGCUAUAAUCUGAGCUUCUUCUCGACACCGCUGUCCAUUGUCUCUUUCGAACUACCGGGUACCUGGACUCGAACUCCCGAAACCAACCACCCGAGAACACAGCUCACCGCGAACACCAAAAACACACAAAACACCAUACGACGAGAAUAUUUUUACAGUCCGGCCCGCUGUGGCUUUCACACGUCACUGAAUUGUUUAAUUCUAAUUCCAGCGAGCCUGCGCAGCCUCAUCAGCACAGCCUCGCCCACCCGCAGAAACGACCCCAAUAAUAACUAAUUAUGACGGCCAUCCUCCACAACCAAAACUAUAACCCUUUACACAAUAUGAACGAGCAAUAUGAAGAAGCCGAUUUCCCUCUCUUCACCGACAGUCACCACAUCUACGCUGCCGAAGUCAUCAGCAUGAACAACCUCCCGACCUUCAACAUGGACCCAGCGCUCGUCGCUUACAACUUCCAGCGAUCCACAGUGACACAGGAUCCCUACGCGAAUCCCAACUUCGCUUCCGAGCAGCACUGCAAGUCCGAGGCAGCGCCGGAAUUCGCUAAGGGAUCUCCCACCCUCUACCCUACCGGCUCCCCUGAACUCCGCUGCCCUCUUCCCUCCAACCUCUCCAGCGCAUCUGGUCCCUCUGCCGCGUCGUCCGCCAUCGGCUCGCCCUACGCUACCCAUGCGCAGAUCCCUUCCGCUAUCUCCGAGUGGACCUCCCACCACGGGCUGGGUCUCGCGCCCACCAUCGCCGGCGAUUACAGCUACGCCAACGACUUCAGCUUCGGCGCCAGUCUCGAGCACGAUUUCGCUUUCGCGGAUAUGAACAAGCCCAUGGGCUUUGUGGACCCGUCCAUCCUCCACUCAUACACCGGCGCGCCAAUUCCGAGCCCAAUGCCACAAGAGGAGUUCGUCCAACAGACAAUGUACCCACCACACUCUCCCAGCCCCUCCGAAAUGUCCUCCCGAUCCUCCAAGCGCGUCAAGUCCUCCGCCUCGCCCUACAUGCAAUCCUACGCGCCCUACCCCUACCCCUCCCGCCGUGGCUCCAUUGCCUCCGCCUCUCCCUCCUCCCCCGACUCCUCCUCCUCCACCCCGCGCACCCACUGCCCCUUCGCCACCUGCGGCAAGUCCUUCAAGGACCUCAAAGCGCACAUGCUCACGCACCAGACCGAGCGCCCCGAGAAAUGCCCCAUCACCACCUGCGAAUACCACACCAAGGGCUUCGCGCGCAAGUACGACAAGAACCGCCACACCCUCACCCACUACAAGGGCACGAUGGUGUGCGGCUUCUGCCCUGGCUCCGGGUCGGCCGCGGAGAAAUCGUUCAACCGCGCAGACGUGUUUAAACGCCAUCUCACAGGCGUCCACUGCGUCGAGCAGGUCCCGCCUAACUCCCGCCGCAAGACGAGCAAUGGCUCCUCUUCCGGCCCAACCUCGGCUGCUGGUAGCACAGCAGCUACUACCACCGGCCGCCCCGUCGGAUACGCGCCUGAUGCUACGGGACGCUGCAGCACUUGCGGCGCUAUGUUCCCCAGCGCGCAGGACUUCUACGAGCACCUCGACGACUGCGUCCUGCGCCUCGUGCAGCAGGAAGAGCCCGCUGAGGCUAUCAACGCCGAGCGCCUCGCUGAGGUAUCGCGUGAUCGUGCUGUUCUUGAGACGCUUCGUGCGUCGAAUUUACCUACCACCACACCUGAUCAAACGUCCUUCUCCGAUGCUGAGGACGGAGAAGAUGAUGCAGCCGAUGACGAAGACGAUGAUGAGAACUCCGCCCGUCCUGCUGGUCGCAAGGGUGCUAAGCGCGGACUCACCCACUCCAAAGGUGGCGUGGCGCUCACGCACCCUAAGGGGGGCCGCAAGAAGCGCAAGGAUUACCCCUCCAGCUGGGGGUGUCCGGCGGCGCAGAUGAAGAUGAAGAAGCGCGUUCUGUGCGUGUUUGAUGGCGGACGCAGGCUGUGGAAGGAUGAUAUGAUGCUUAGUGCUGAUUUUGAGGUCCGUGUACCCCUAGGCCCGGAGGGGGCGGGGAGGUAUGUGACAGAUUUGGAUGUCCAGACUCUGCGCAGGGCGGAGGGGUUCCAUGGGGCGACGGGGGAUGAGAGGGGGGAGGAUGUGGAUUUGGAGGAGUUGAUGGAGUGAUUGCGUUUUAUGAUGCGUUUUAUGAUGUUUAUGCCCGCUUAUGUCCUGCGCGUUGUUUUUUGUUUGUUUUUUGAGGGUCCGCGGUUUUUGGGGUGUAUGAAUUCGGGACGCAAGGGGAGGGGAUGAAGAGAUACCAUGGGAUGCGCGGGCGUGUCUGGCGGAAAAGAAAAUAUCGGGUUUAUGAUAUAUGAAAGGAAGGAAGGUCUCUGGAUGAGAUGAGAUGAGGGUGGGAGAUGGAUAGAGAUGGGGAAUGAUCUGAUAGGUAGAUUAGUUAUGGGAGGCUAUAUUUGAGGAUAUAUACACCG